CAGACGCCAUUUCCUCGGCGCCCCCGCGGCGGCGCGGCUGCAUCAGCGCUGACGUGAGGACGACGUGCGGCUCCGCCCGGCCCGGUCCCCCCCACCCCCUGUGACGGGGGCAGCACGUACAGGGCGGCGGUGCAGGGUUUGGUAGGAGAGAAAGGGAGCCGAAGAGAUCCAAGCUCUUGUUUUAAAACUCACACCUUCCGUUAUGACUAAGUGUGCCAAGAAAUAUCGAAAAGGAGCUGUCAGACUGAUGACCAUGGAAAUGGUUGAACAGGAUGACAAUGCAGUGGAUUCUCUGACAGAGAGAAGUGCUGGUCACCUUCAGAAUCAGCCAGGCCAGAAUCAGAUUUCCUCAGGAUCUGAGGUUUCUGUAGCUGCUUCCAGUGCUGGAAGAGGAUCUCCAGCUGUAACUCUAGUGCAGUUGCCUUCUGGUCAAACUGUUCAUGUCCAGGGUGUCAUUCAAGCCACACAGCCCUCAGUCAUUCAGUCACCACACAUGCAAGCUGUUCAGGUAGCAUCGAUUGCAGAUGAAGCUGCACAAUCAGAAGUAAUAAUUGAUUCUCAAAAACGUAGGGAAAUACUUUCCAGAAGGCCUUCAUACCGAAAAAUUUUGAAUGAGCUCUCGUCAGAUGCACCUGCAGUAGCGAAGAUUGAAGAAGAAGAGAAGUCAGAGGAUGAAGGAACGCCUUCUGGUAUUUCUGCAGUGGCCAUGCCAACCAGCCUGUAUCAUACUAACACAGGGCAAUACCUUACUAUAUCUCAAGGUGGUACAAUUCAGACUGUGACAAAUUCAGGAGCUCCUCAGCCAGGCGCUACCAUUGUGCAAUAUGCAGCACAGUCAUCUGAUGGCACACAACAGUUUUUUGUUCCUGGAAGCCAAGUUGUUGUUCAAGCUGCCACUGGUGACAUGCCAGCUUACCAGAUUCGAACUCCCACUACUACCUUACCUCAGGGAGUGGUUAUGGCAGCCUCACCUGGGACUUUGCACAGCCCUCAGCAAAUGGCAGAAGAGGCCACACGCAAGAGAGAGCUGAGACUUUUGAAAAAUAGGGAAGCUGCUAAAGAAUGUCGACGUCGGAAGAAAGAAUACAUAAAAUGUCUGGAGAGUCGUGUUGCAGUGCUAGAAGUUCAGAACAAGAAACUUAUACAGGAGCUUGAAACCCUAAAAGACAUUUGCUCUUCCAAAACAGAUUAGUAAAAAUAUUUAUUAUACUGUGAACUAAGAUAUGUCCAGUUGCUUUGUAAGACAAUACAUAGCCAACAUGACUUAUGGCUUUCUCUUUGUGUCAUUUAUAAUAUAUUCCAACUCCUAACAUUCCUGAAUGCUUUCCUGCUUUUUGUCAAUUCAUAGCUCUAAUUUCAGGUUUUUCAUGCAUCAUCCUUCUGUCUCCCAAGGAGCCAAAUGUUAAAAGAUAGAAAAAAGUAAAAGAGUGCAUAAUUUCUAAGAGCUGUUUCUUUGCCAUAUAUUUACAAAUUACUUUUUACAUGUUACUGAGUGUCCUGCACAUUCAAAAUAUUUUGCAAUUGUUUUAGAUGAAUCAUAAAGAUAAUGCAUCCAGUAAUACAAGAAAAUCAAACAACCCAAGGUAUCUCAGGAAAGAGUUUAUAAAAGAAUGUUAUGAUUAUAUGUAUGUACUAGCAUACUAGUCUACAGAUGAUUUUAUGGCAUAUUUUUAUAUUAGUUGCUUUGUGGAAAAAAGUAUUGUAUUGCUGUCACUGAGUGCCAUGGUUAAAGAUAGUUUUUAAUAGAACCAUGUUGUUUAACCUGUGUAGUGUCUGAUUUCCUUUAAAAACCUUGUUGAGAUGCUUUAAAAUCCAUGAAUAUCUGAAAGAAGACAAAGAGAAAAAGCACACCAAAGCUCAUGACAUGAUGCUAAAUAUAUUGUAAAUACCUGUAAGAUGCUCUCUGUUAUAUGGCUGCUAUUUACUUAAAUUUUCUGUAAUCUGCAGAAUAUUUGACUCACUGGAGGUCUGUAUAUCAAAAUUUAAAUGUUCAUCCUGAAUACUUCACGUUUUAGAUCCUGUACACCUGUAGAUAGUUGCCUGUAGUGAAGAUUGAUGGUGCAGUUCUUUUCACAAUUUCAGCAAACUACUGAAUAGUGGUCAAGGUGUCCUAAGGAGGGAAGCUUUCCAAUAAGUAACUAUUUGCUGAUUCACUGAGUUCUGGAGUAGCCUACAGAUGAGAGCUGAAGAUCUUUAAAAUAAACCCGUGUUUAAACCAGA